AUGGUGAGCUUUCUGCUACGUCGUCCUCCAGUGAGGCUGUGUGUGGAGGCUGCAUAUUUCCUGUCCCUUUGGAGUGCAGCAUCUGGCCCCAGGGGAGACGAGAGCAAGGAAAAGGGGGUGGCAUUUCUUGCAACCACAGAGCUCCCUGCCCGGGCUGUGGACCUGUCCGCCCUCAACCUGACGGAGCUGGUGAACGGGAUGCUGAGCAGAGCUUUGAAAGAUAAUAAGAAGUUCUUCUCCUUGCUCAGCAUAACCUCCUACAGUUCCUUCGCCUUCCACAAGUUCUCUGUGGUCAUUUACAACAUUUCCAACCUGAAGACCGUGGACCCCACCAAAUUCCCCACCAGAUACUGCUACUGUCUGAGCAACCGGACCAAUGAUUUAUCAGAUUUCACAGCCCUGCUGGUGGACAUCAUUGGAAAUUCGACCAGCUACCUCACAGAAAUCUUUAAGUCAACCUCCAUUCUCUCAGUGAGUCAGACCAAUGGCUCCGACUGCAUCUUCAUCUGCGUGAUGACGGGACAGUCAGGAAGGAAUCUCUCUGACUUCUGGGAUGUGGCAGAGAAGUUUCCUGUUAUCAACUACACAUUCACCAGCAGCAUACCUGGUGCCCUGGGUACGUCUACCAAGGGUAUGGCUGUGACCUCAAAGCCCACAACCACAAGCCACCCAAGACCACCAACUACAAGGCCCCCAGUCUGGGGCCAGAGCACCAGAGUGUCUGCUCUGAGGACCUCUGCCUGGAUGAAGACCAGUAUUCCUUCAGAGAAGGAGGGUUUCAUGAGCACAGGGACUCCUGCUGCGACAGCAGGGGCAGCGGGCAGCCCAGCCCAGCCCAGCGGCACCACAGGAACAUACACCCCUGGCACUCAGACCCCAAGUCCAACCAAGGCACCGGCCCCCAAAUAUCCACAGACAGGUGACCUGCCAGCCACCUGGCCCGCUGCCCCUGGGGUCGAGCCCGCCCUGGUCCUGGGAUUCCACCCGCUGUCACGAUGUCCACAGCCACUCCUCAAGGAGGGGACAAUGACAGCUGCCCCCCUGGCCAUCCAGAAGAUCAACCCUUGCCUGAUGGAGCUGUGUCGCUUUUUCCAGAAGUGUCUCUGCACGGGGCAGGGGAGACCUACCAGGACAGAGGCCAUGAGGUACUGCCUGGAACACUAUUCCUGGUUUCUGAAAAAUGCAACAUUUAUCUGUCAGAGGGUGACAAGGGUGUCCCAUUCUCACACAUUAAAGCAAAAAUGCCUGGAGAAUGUCUGCAAGUCUGUGUGA